AUGCAUCCUUCUCAACCUCUUGUUGCUUACUUGCUGAUUCCAUCUGAAGAACGUGAAAAGAAAGUACUGUCCAAGUCGAUUGUCGUGCAAAACAGUAAAACAAAAGCUGUUGUUGCUUCGGUGACUCUUUCUGAAAUUGCUUCCAGUCUGUACAAUAUUGAUACAAUUUCAGAAAAAGCAACUGAGAAGCAGCAUCGUGUCUUGAAAGAUUUGGGACAUGUACAGCGCCUCGAAUUCUUUGAUCCAUCAACUCUCUAUUGGAGCGGUCAUGGAACAGUCAAGCGAUAUCAAGAGUUGGAACAGCGAUGGUCAUAUCUAUUUGUGCAGUUCCAAAGUUCCAUCGUCAUCCUUAAUUUGCGUCGUCAUUCCGUUUCGAUUACCAACAACAUAAAGGUUGAGGAAGAAUUCCGUCCAAUUGUGGCACAUGUCACGCAGAAACUACUCGGCGGAGAGAUUUCCUCAAACGUCUUACCAUUGAGCAGGCAGACCUUUAUGGUGGCUACUGGCGAUGGGUACAUCAAGACUUUCAACUGGAAGACUUCAAUAGUCGUUGACGCGAUCAAAGUUGUUGCGAGUAAGAAUGACUGCGUCGUUCACCUUUGUUCUACAAACAAGUACAGGAGCACUGAACAGUAUUAUGCUGCAUCCACGAGGAGGGUUGUGUGUCUUUGCAAGAAGGGGGCAGGGUUUAUGCUGGAGCUACAAAUAUCCGAUGGUAAUGUCGCUAGUGUCUCGCAACCACUUUAUAAAUUUGAAGGUGGGACUGUGCCGACAGCAAUAUCGAUCACGGAUGACACUCAUUCAUCAAUGGAACACGUUUUGCUACACUAUUGUGGCUAUCGGGAUCUGCUCUUAUGGACGCUACAAGCAAAAAGUAAGGAGAAGUUACUUGUAUGGGAUAUGUCAAAUCUUCCGAAUGUCGACCGGGGAGGAAAGACGCCCGAGCCAGUCAAGGCUGACCCAACACUUGUUGCACAGUUUCCUUACGAGAAUAUAUCGCAUACUUUGUUCCACGGGUGGUUCAAUGAAGCUCUACCAGCUGAUUGUAUAGCUAGCGCUGCAAUCACGAAGGAAGGGGAUUUUCAAAUUCUACUUUCUCCGAUGCAUGGCGGGGCAACAAGCAUAAAGAGCCCAUUUCUUGCUACAACUGUUUUCAGUGUGGAUGUUGGCCAAAUUCUUCAGCGAGAUUUGCAGUUGCCAGCCGACAAAGAAGUACAGCUGAAGGUUCAUUCCCUUUAUUGCCCCUCUCUUCGCGACUGUUCUUUGUUUUGUAUUGGAACGAACGUAGGGAGUCUCAUGAUCAAGAUGAUGGAUGGGAACCUGAUUCCUUUUCCUGGUGGGCGACAUGCUCAUCUGAGUGCUAACUACGGCUCCUUAGGAAAGGCCGUUCUAACUGUCCGUAGAGGAGAGAUUGUUUAUGGAUCGCUCGAGCCCUCUACAGGUUUGGGACACAAUCCUAUUGGCCCAAUGGAAUCGAAGAACCAAAUUGUUGUCUACGAUUCACCACCUCCGCUUCAUCUACCGCCUGAGAUUCAUAAGAGACCAGUUCGGUUGCCGCCACUAUUCCUUCCAAGUCCUUCUGGAAAAUACCUUUGCUGUUUCUGGAAAGAAGAGAUGAGAUAUGAAAUUCUUCAUUUCCCAACAAUACUGGAUCGCAUCUCUUCUGGGGGAAAAGCCACAUUCUCUCCAUUGGUGGCAACUGGAAAUGGUGUUUCUUCUUUCGCAUGGAUAGGCAACGAUGAUUUGUUUGGCCUGCUGUAUAAUCCAGAACAAGACCUAGGCCUAAAGGUUGGUAUUGAUCUAAGUGCACCCCAAGCCACACUUGGGAGGGAACUAGCAAACGCUGCCCAAAAAAUAACGGAUGUCACCAAACUGAAGGAGUUAAAGAAUUUGAAAGAAAUCAUGUCAUUGAACACUGGUGCUGGAAAAUCGCACGGUAAAAUGCAAGCAUUGAAGGGAAUUCAGGAACUUGGGACAGGCACGGGAAAAGCAGCCAUGAAAUUGACCAAAGGUAGUGUGAAUCUUACAAAAAAGGUAGCGAAGGGAACUACCAAGAUCGCUGUGGGCGCAGCUGUAGGCGUGACUGGAAAAGCAAGGCUUGCUGUUGUUACCGGAAAAGCUAGAACUACCACUGUAGGAGCAGCAAAUAUUGCAUCGUUUGGGUUGCUUGGUCGAAAAAAGAAAGAGAGAGAGAAAGCUGAGAAUGCUUCUCUCGCAACAGCAGACAUGGAUGAUGUGGACGAUGUAUCUCGGGUGUCAGAAAAGGGUGAACAAGGGGAUGAAAAUCGAAAUCCGUCAGAGAGACGGUUUCCUUGGGUUGAGCUCCGAAGUAUGGAUGAGAAUAUAGGAGCCGACGGAUUGGCAUCGGGUAGAUCCUCCAACAUCGGCCAGCUUUCUCUGCGAACUGGGAAUCGCAACCCACCAACUAUUUUGUUUGGUGGACCUGUUCUUUGCGUUGGAAACAAAUACAACGAGCAUGACGAGGGUAUAGCCUAUUUCUACACAAAAAAGAAUGGGGAGAAGGGCGAUAAAGCUUCUCACUUCAUCAGUUCUGGUCCUGCUUUCCCUUGCCCAGACAUUGUAGUGUGGGAUGAUGAGGGUCAGCUUUGCGCAGUAAUCAUUCACACUCGUAUUUCGGUAUACCUUUCUGACGAAUCAAACUUCGUUAUGCUAGGCACAGUUCGCACGAGUUCAACCUCAGAUGCUGACGAUCAGAUCAUCAGUGCCAGGUUCAUCCAUGGGGUUCUCUAUUGUUCAACAAGGUCAUCUGUGCAAUGCGUCUUUUUGGGGGAUCUUGAAGGCGGUGUUUGCAAUUUAGAUAUCUUCUCUCUUGCAACUUCUGAUAUCAUCACGUUACCUCAGAAAACUAUAGCUACAGAUGGAACAGCUCUGAGCCCGUCAGUGAUACCAAUGGCCCUCAACUAUCCAACCAUACUCGGGUAUCAAAACGGUAGUCUAAUGGUUUCCACUGCUGCAGGAGUGCACGCAAUCCCCCUUGAUUCUCCAAUCUUGAGAAUUGGUGCUUUGAUUGCUGCAGGGCAACCGCACAGAGCUGAGCCGUGGUUCGAUGCGAUUCCGGAGGAUAGCCAUGAAUCUCUAGCAGCAUUUCUUGAAAGAAGGGGCACUCCUGCAUUAGCCUUACAGUUGAAUGGGGUAUCUCUAGAGACAAUUGUCGACAUUUGCAUGAGAAAUGGUUUUGUGGAACAACUAGAGCAAGUUGUCGAGGAGUAUGGUUUGAAGGGACUUCAUUCCAUUGAUAUGGGUCGCGGCGUAUCUUCGAACGUGUUUGGUCCUGAUGAUCACGGAACCAGCAUCGUAGUUUGUGUCGGGGCAUAUUUGCUGAGCUACGGACGGGUUGAACUUGUACGCCGUCUUGCCACAGAAUGCCUUUCAUCUGCAGACGACAGCAAACGAGAAGGAUUUGUCCUUGCGAGUUUGUUGCUAUCAGUCCAAGGCAGUGAUUCCAGAAGAGUGAUCGAGAGAUCUGUAAAGAAUAUUGGGGAGGAGGAAGAUUGGCCAGUUGGCGAGUAUGUUCGUGAUCAUAUUCUAUGA